UGUUGAACGUUGUGUGCAUGUAUUGAUACCAUGUAGAUAUUCGAUAUUAUAUGCAAUUCUUAAAUAUAUAGGCCUACAUAGUAUAUAUAUAUAUUGACGAAAUAUUUAUAGAUACAAUAUCUGGAAGUCACCCUGUAACUUGGCGCCGUGUUUUAGCCUAUCUGCAUCAAGUCGCAUUCUAUGGAACAUUUCAAGAUUGAAUCUGACGGUGACGUCAAAGAGUAUGGUCGGCCUACCUCUUUUGACAUCGACGGAUACUUAAAGUCAAUCGGUGAAUUUGGAAGUUAUCAACGCAGGUUCUUCGUUCUGCUGGUGUUCCUGUCGAUUAUCGAUGGAUUUAUCGUUGUGUUCACGGUUAUAACCAGCACAGCACCCGAUCACUACUGCCGAAGCUUUCAGAACGAAACAUAUGUUCCGAGGACGCAAACUUCGCUUUGUGACUCAUUUCCGAUUUCCAGUAAUAGCACUUGCUACACUGCAGAUAGAUGUCUGCGGGUCGUUUUAUCAAACGGAAGCGACGGCAACGCAACAAUUGCCGAAUGUGAUCUUGGGUGGGUGUACGACCAAUCAAUUUAUCACUCAACGCCUGUAGCUGAGUGGGAUCUUGUCUGCGAUAAACUAUGGCAAAGACAACUAUCGAAAACUGUGCAUAUGCUAGGCCGGCCAAUUGGUGCAUUGCUUAUUGGGGUUUCGGCGAACAGAUUCGGCAGCAAACCCGUUUUAUUUAUUAAUACUUUAAUUCUAGUUGGUGCUGGAUUGUUGGCCGCUACAGUCAACAGUUUUCCUGUCUUCGCAGUGUCACAGUUUUUUACCGGUUGUACGGGUUCUUUAGUCAAUAUUGGAUUGAUUUACGUAACCGAACUCGUUGGGCCGUCGAAACGAGGUACACUUGGACUUCUAUAUUAUCUGGGGUACCCAAUAGCUGCCAUGAUUAUGCCCUCAAUUGCUUCUUUUGUGAAGGACUGGAGAAAGUUGGAUAUUUUUCUUUGCAUAAUAUUUUCAUUUGCAUUAUCGUAUCUCUGGAUUAUUCCCGAAUCAGUGAGGUGGCUACUUGCUCAUGGUCGCGGUGAGGAGGCGAAACGUAUUCUAUUACAUGCUGCUGUGGUCAACAAAGCAACACUCAGUGUAGAUAAACUAGACGAAGUCAAUCACUUAACCACAAUAACUAAUUCAGAAGUGUCGAGUCCAAGACCUUAUGGGUUAAUGGAUAUGAUGCGAAACCCAUUGAUGAGGAAAACAGUACUGAAUAUGUGUUUCCAAUGGUCGGUAACAUAUGCUGUCUACAUUGGCUUGUCAACAAAUACAGAUUUUUUGGCUGGCCAUGAUUUGCUAAACAUGUUCUUGACAGGUUUAGCCGAAGUGCCAGCGCUUACACUUACUGCACUGUUUGUGGACCGGAUAGGACGCAAGUUGGCCUCCCUCUGUGGCUACACCGUCGCCGGAGUCGCCUUAGCGUUGGUGUCUAUGAUUCCACAAGGUAACGAUGCCGUUGUUGUCGGCAUCGCAGUAAUUGGAAAAUUUGGCAUAUCUGUGGGAUUUGCAGUCGUAUGUCUAUAUACUACGGAGCUUUUACCAACACCUAUAAGGCAAAUAGGUGUCGGGUUGUGCAGUUCUUUCGGGCGAAUAGGUGCCGCGAUGACUCCGAUGCUGUUCACGUUGGGCGAGCUCUAUUGGUGGCCGAUUCCUUAUGUGCUGUUUAGUUCUGGGUUGUGCUGUGGUGCUUUGUUUAUUCGUACGCUGCCUGAAACGACUGGCGUGGAUCUACCACAGACAAUGGAAGAUGCCGAGGAAUUCUUAAGGAAAGGCAGCAAACGCAGGUGCAUUCUUUUAUGUCGUGACAGCAGUUACCAACAAUGUGAAUUAGAUAAUUCUCCAUCUCAUUUUAUCUCGGCAAGUCAAAGAGACGCAGGCGUGGAUGCUAAAAAUGGUCCUACACCUGUAUGAAGCGUUUUUCUGUCUAAACUACGAGAUAUGUUUGUGUGUUGAAUCGAAUCAACCUUGAGUUUAAUUAAUAUAGGUUAUGCAGGGAAAAACCAGGCAAUAAUGGGUGUAUUCGAGGGCUCUGAAGCGUUAGAAAUGUGUAAAGAGUACUUUUGUGUAGUGUCAAGAAUGCGAUGCAUACGGUACGGUACAUUUUCUUUGCCAAUUCAACGGUGAACUCAAGAAUGCUGGCUUAUCGUUGGUACUGUAGGCCAAAGUUACACAUUUUCUUUGCAACUUUGGCUGAUCGUUUGUUACCAUACGUCAAAGUUGUAAUAAGAGAAAGAAAUGUAUUUAUCUUGAUUUGAUAAGAUUAUUUAAAAAAUGUAUUGAGAUUUAUAAGAUCUAGGCCAAAUGCUUGUUUAACGGCAGCAACUAUGUAUAAUUGCUAUUAUUUUUUAUUCUUCAUUAUCAAACCAGUCCGAACAUUACAAAUUCGUCCCAACUUAUUUUUAGGUAUAGGCCUAUCAUCAGAAACGUACUGAAAAAUGCAAAAUAAUAUUCUACAGCAGGCUCUUAUCCACAUAGGUUCAGUAUACUAAACAAAGAUGUGCCUAGUUAAAUGACGUAAUGCUACAUAUUUUUACUAUUAAUAAACAUGUAAUUAAAUAACAUAGAACGCGAACGAUAAUAAACUGGUGAUUGAAAUUUAGGCAAACUCAA